GAGCCUGGGCGGUGGCGGUGGUGGCCGGAGGCGGCGGCGCCUCCUCCUCCUCGCCCCGGCGCCGGCGGUGAUCGGAGUGAGCGGCCGCGGCCCCCGAUGAGACUGUUCGCGGGCUGGCUGUGCCUGAGCCUGGCGUCCGAGUGGCUGGCGCGGAGGAUGUGGACGCUGCGGAGUCCGCUCCCCCGCUCCCUGUACGUGAACAUGACGAGCGGCCCAGGCGGGCCGGCGGCGGCCGCGGGCAGGAAGGAGAACCACCAGUGGUACGUUUGCAACAGAGAGAAAUUAUGCGAAUCACUCCAGGCUGUCUUUGUUCAGAGUUACCUCGAUCAUGGAACACAGGUCUUCUUAAACAACAGCAUUGAGAAGUCAGGCUGGCUAUUUAUCCAAUUAUAUCAUUCCUUUGUGUCAUCUGUUUUUAGCCUGUUUAUGUCUAGAACAUCUAUCAAUGGGUUGCUAGGAAGAGGAUCGAUGUUUGUGUUUUCACCAGAUCAAUUUCAGAGACUGCUUAAAAUUCAUCCGGACUGGAAAACCCAUAGACUUCUUGACUUAGGUGCUGGAGAUGGAGAAGUCACAAAAAUCAUGAGCCCUCAUUUUGAAGAAAUUUAUGCCACUGAGCUAUCUGAAACAAUGAUCUGGCAGCUUCAGAAAAAAAAGUACAGAGUGCUUGGUAUAAAUGAAUGGCAGAAUACAGGGUUCCAGUAUGAUGUCAUCAGCUGCUUGAAUUUGCUGGACCGCUGUGAUCAGCCUUUGACUUUGUUAAAAGAUAUCAGAAGUGUCUUGGAGCCAACUAGAGGCAGGGUCAUCCUUGCCCUGGUCUUGCCCUUUCAUCCCUAUGUGGAAAACGGUGGCAAGUGGGAGAAACCAUCAGAAAUUUUGGAAAUCAAGGGACAGAAUUGGGAAGAACAAGUGAAUAGUCUGCCGGAAGUUUUCAGAAAAGCUGGCUUUGUUAUCGAAGCUUUCACCAGACUGCCGUACCUGUGUGAAGGCGACAUGUACAAUGACUACUAUGUUCUGGAUGAUGCUGUCUUUGUUCUCAAACCAGUAUAAACACAUGGAGUCCGAAGUCUUCAGAGUCCGCCCCAAGAAUAUACCCUCCAGAAGAGGGUCUAUGUUCACGAUUAUGUGAAGGGGAGGGCCUUUGGGGACUGCCAUUCUAAGUAUCAUGUAGGAAUUUAAAAAGCCAAAAUACUAAUUAUUUCUUUGUAGUGUGUAAAAGGAAUGUUUUUAAAAAAACAAAAACCCAACUCUUUGAAGAUUUUUAUCAGCUCUUUACUCAGCAAUGCAGGUCACACUCCAAUUAUGAUGGAAGAUAUUUUUUAUACUUAAUUGCAGUAGGGACUCAUUCCCAGACAAAGCAAUAGUCAUGACUUCACAUGGAACCAGCACAUGGAUUGUGUUCAGCAAAAUGAAGACUGGCAAUAAAGCUGUCCAUUCAGUUCCAAACAUUGGUUAUGAGGUAUUGCCACUGAUACUCUUCCAUGUUUAGAAAUUCUUUCUCUCUGUCGUUAUUCAAGAAACUGUUUUUAAUCAUGCUAAUAAACUUUUUCUGAGAUGACUUUGGCAUCAUGUUUGAGUUAAUACAAGGCUCCCCUAGCAUUUUCAGUUGCUUGGGCUUCAGGAGUGUCCAAAUAGUAGCAGAUAACUUGAAUACUGGGGUCAGGCGUUUCCUUGCUCCGAGCCCCUGAUAGAUCCAUGGAAAGUCCCCAUCAAGGCACCGCACACAAGUGCUCAUUGCCCGGUGAAGCUUGGGAGAAGAAGGCUUCAGACAGGGGGAAUUAUUGCAAAAUGUGAACACUGAGGCAGUCUGGACACCCUAAAAAGAACAACCCUAUUCAGAUCUAGUACUUCAGGUUCCACCCACAUUCCCCAAUUCGUGUUGCUUUGAGAAAUGCAAGCCACUGGGUUCUGACUUCGUGAUAGCUUAUGUCCUACACACUCAGAACUUUCUUUUUCUGGACAAUCUCAGGUUCUCCGAAUUGAAACAUUCCGUUGUGUCUGCCAACAAAAUGCAGCCUAAAAAUGUUUUAAUUCAACUUCUUACUCUGCACUUGUAUACCUCUUUCCUAGAACUUGGCUCUUCCCGAGAUCCUUAACUGAGUUUACCAUUUGCCAAGAACACGGUUUGAUGAAGACCAUGUCAGACUCAUGCAUUCUAGAAUCCGUGAGUGCCUCCAGCCAGAUACCCAGAAAUGUUGCAAUGAGAGGAACUCAUUAGCAAGAUCAAUAACCAUUAUGGAUAUUCCAAAGAGCAGAGCACUUAAAUCCCGAAUCUGAAAUCUCAGUAAUAACAGAGACACCGAUUCGAGAUUGUGGUUAUUAACAAUAUGUUAUUCUCACAACUUUAUUUCUUUUCUUCAUCCAGGUGUUUCAUUAAAGUGUUCUCAUUUAUAUGCUCUUGGAAGUCAUCAACACGUUUACUGCAACACCUGGGUAUAAAGGAGAAUUAAAGCCGCGAGAAGAAUUUAUUAUUCACUAGGAACAGCAUUUCCACGUCCUCACACCAAUAUCUUCCACUGUUAUUGUGUAGUCAUGAUAAGAGUUGGGUUAAUGUGAUUUAUGCAAAAUUGUUAUUGGUGUGUUCUAAUGCUUUUUUUCAGGAAUUCAAAUAAGUGAAGUGCAAAUACUUAGCACCCUAGAUUGUAAAAAUAGAACGAGGAAAUGAGUAAACUUAAUGUAGUUCUUGUACAGUUGAGUUUUGCUUCUUUAUAAAGCUGUCUGUUGUAAUCAGGGGUUGCAUUUAGACUGUCGAAUGAGAGUGAUGGAUGUUCAAAGAGGCAGGUUGCCCCAAUGUGUCUCCUAAAUUUCAAAUUGAAAAUGAAUUUGAUGGUGGAUUUAAGAAAAACAAAACCACUCAUACUUUACCCAGAAAUGCAGAGAAAGCACAUCUAUGAAUUUCAGAGAUAAAAAUGGUUUCUCCAGAAAAUCUGAGGUCCUCUGAAGGCCAGCUUAGUAAAAGGGCCAUUUUAUGGUGAAAAUGAAAUGAGCAGAUCUACUCCCAUUUCAUUUCUGGUCUUGAAAAGCUUGAUGGUAUGUCAAUAUUCCACUAGAUGGCAGUGUUGCUUACUGAGUGUCAAUGGCUUUUCUUCCCCCUAAAUGGAAUCAUGUUUAUUUUUUCCAAAGUGCAAUAAAGCUGCCUUCUUGUCUGCA